AUGGCAGUUCCUGUCCGCGCCGCAUGCUCUCACAACUGGUACGAUGAGCCUAUCAGGAAACACACAAUACAGGACGACAUGGAGUCUAUGCUCUAUGUCAUCUUGUACUGUGGACCAGUCUGUGGUAUCCUGUACCUGCCACACUACACUCCCGAUAUGCAUAUGAAAAGGGCGCUCGAGACAAUGUUCGACUACUAUAGCGAGGUUCCGGGCGCCGAGUUUCCCGACGGCGGAGUCCACAAGGACGCAAAUAUACAGUAUAGGAAAUACACGCAGUGCCUUGCAUGGCACUCUUCGGAUUUCAAAAGCUGGCUAGGGGGAGCUCCUUUCACUCGUACCACCACCUACGGCAACUUUCCCACGAUCGUCAGCCAAUAG